AAUAAAAUAGAGGGCGGAAUAACAUAUAUUUUGCACACAGUCUGAUGUAAAAAUGUAAGUAAGCAGAAGUUGGGUACAGAGAAAAUAAAGUUGCUGAGAGGAAGCCCUCUGGUGGUAUGUCGGAAAAUGAAGUUACAAAUAAUAGGUCCUAUGAUGUUAUUACUUGUGCUGAACACAAUAUUUACUAAUAUAUUACCAGUGAUUGGCAAAGACUAUGUUUUUGAGAAACGGACAUUUUGGAACAAACUUAUUACGCCAACAUCCUGGUGUUUUCGGAAAGAAUGCUGCACAGACACAUAUAUAACUCCAAAUAUUACAAAAUUAAAGGAAGAAUUUAAUAAAAAAGUGUAUGGUCAACCUUUAGUAUAUGAAGUUUUACCCAAAGCUAUCAAUGCACAUUUUGAGAACGUACCAAACAAGGCUCUGGUGCUUUCAUUUCAUGGGCGCACUGGUGGAGGAAAGAAUUUUGUCAGCCAAAUCAUUGCUGAGAGCCUAUUUCAAAAGGGAAUGGAUAGCAAAUUUGUGCAUUUAUUUAUUCCAGAGCUACAUUUCCCACACAAACAUCAGAUAACACGUUACAAAGACCAACUACAAAAUUGGAUCAGGGGCAAUAUGUCAACUUGCCCAACUCAACUCUUCAUCUUUGAUGAAAUGCAGAGCCUGUUGCCAGAAUUAUUAGAUGUUAUAAAACCAUUUAUUGACUAUUAUAACCAUAAAAUUAAUGGUGUUGAUUAUAGAAGGGCCAUCUUUAUUUUUCUAAGUUCAACCUCAGGGAAUAACAUCACAAGCGUAGCAUUUAAAGCAUUUAAGAAUGGGCGCAAACGUGAGGAUGUCACCCUGAGAGAAUUUGAAAACGGUAUUCGAUUGUCCUCUUACAAGCACCAAGGGUCUGGCCUAUGGCACAGCAAGCUGAUAGAACAUCAUCUAAUUAGUCAUUUUGUACCAUUUUUACCCCUCGAACGGCAGCAUGUAAGAAAAUGUAUACAAGAGGAGAUGCGAAAGAGAGGCAUGCCAAAAUGCCCAGAAACCGAGGAUGAAGUCUUAGAAUAUUUGAACUUUGGCCCAGAUGAGGCCCCUAUCUAUGCUGCGAAGGGUUGUAAGAAUAUUCAUGAGAAACUUAAUCUUGUUAGCAACUGGUAAUAAUUCAGUUCGUAGCCAAUGGGGGGGUGUGUGAAUGCUUUCAUGGUUAGGCGAACCCACUUUUUCAACAAACACCACCCCCUCCCCCCCCCACCAAAAAAAACCCAAAAUACACACACCUAAGGUAAAGAAGGAAUCCGUAUCUGAUGCACCAGACUACACAUAAAAUAAUGAUACAGGAUAUUUGUUAGCCCCUUCUGAAUGGUUUGUAGACCUCUUGCAGUCUUAAUUGUUUUUAUAGCAUUUUCCCGUAACAAAAAUAAUUCUCUGGCUUCAGGGAUUUUCCCCUGGGCCCCAUGCCUAGAAUCCCAUCUCCUGGCUACAGGCCUAAUGCAGUAUUAUUCUAAAGCCCUGUAGAGACUAUCACAUUUUGUGUGACAGAACAUGUGACAUGCCUAAAUAUGGUCAUGAUGACAUCACAUCAUCACCAUAUAUAGGCACAUCAUGACUAUAUAUGGGCACAUCAUGACUAUAUAUGAGGCAUGUUGUGGCAAAAUGGCUAAGUUGUAGCAAAAAUUGAAAUUCAAGUCAUUGGUAUUUUCAAAUACCUGAGUAUGUGAUCUUUAAAAUGAGGGGUCAUUCGUUCAAAUUGGACAUUCCAAACCUAAGUUAAUGGAAAGUGAAAGUACAGUACCCUUAGAGUCAAGAUAAACAGGAUUUUGAGUAAUUGCCUUUCAAAGUUAUUUGUGCAUACAUUUUUUAAUAGAAUGAACUAUGAAAAAUAACGU